AUCUAUCAAUUCUCCCUGACGAACUCGUCUCCUCCAUUUCUUGUUCUAUAUUCUCUUGUUUGAAUAUUCUAUCCCUCAGUCGGGUCUUACUUCGUCAGGCAAUUUGCCCCUUUAACCCACCCUCAACACAGUCACCAUGUUCCGUUCCGCUGUCGUCCGCUCGUUGAGAGCCUCCGUUCCCCGUGCCGUCAGGACUCCUGCUGCCUUCCAGAUCCGUAGCUCUCCUGUUGCUCGUCCUGCUCAAUUCGCCCCUCGCUUUGCUUACCAGGGUGUCCGCCUCUACUCCGCCCCCACCGGUCUGAACAAGGAGGAGGUCGAGGGCCGGAUAGUCAACCUCUUGAAGAACUUUGACAAGGUUUCCGAUGCCAGCAAGAUCAACGGCUCUUCCCACUUCUCGAACGACCUCGGUCUGGAUUCCCUGGAUACUGUUGAGGUUGUGAUGGCUAUUGAGGAGGAGUUCAGCAUUGAGAUCCCCGACAAGGAGGCCGACACUAUCCACAGUGUUGACAAGGCUGUUGAGUACAUCCUUGCCCAGCCUGAUGCCCACUAAACACUUAAUACUACGGUUUGGGAAUAGGUUGGAGGGUCUGAUAGAAAAAGGAAAGGGAUGUGAGCGUGCAUCUGCCACAAAAUCCUAGAGUCGGAGUUCCCCUGGCCAUCGUGGACGCUGCUUUGUAUGCUGAUACAUGCCGGUGCUUUGUCGCCCUACUAUAUCGUGUAUAUCACAUUUGAAUGCUAUUUUUGACCAGUCUACUGCUGUCCCUAGAUAAGGAAGACGUCUGAGAAGAUGACGGUUUCCUUCAUACAUCGUUAAGGCUGGAGUACUCUGUUGACUUCAGCGUUUCUAUCUGUCUGUCUCACUAAUCGGAUGACGUGUACCUGUUAGGAAGUGGCAUGGUGUCUGUUUGGAAUAGCAUGUAUGAUUUGCGUUUCACGGGGCCAAACUAGACAAAUUCUCCGUCUGAG